AUGGAUUUUAUGGAUGUCGUCUUUGAGGGUACAGCUGGUGGAUUAUUGUGUAUUUGGAAAACUAAUAGGAGUCGAUUAUGGGUUAGUCUGGCACAUUUGAGGGCUAAUUUUGAUAAGCCGUGGUGUCUUGUGGGAGAUUUCAAUGAAAUAAGACCCCUUGGGGAAAGAAGAGGCUGUUCUCGAAAAGAUAAAGGAAUGAGGGACUUUAAUCAGUUUAUUGAAAAUUUGGAACUCACAGAUCCUCCUAUGAUGGGGAGACAAUUUGCUUGGUGCAAUUCCAAUGAUGGUAGAAGGUGGAGUAGGAUUGAUAGGGUACUGAUGUCCUCUAAGUGGGUGGAGAGAUUUAAUUUCAAAUUGUGGGGUUUGGAGCGAUCAUUAUCAGACAAUUACCCUCCGAAGCUUAUGGAGGAUGGCAGGGACUGGGGUCUUAGGCCGUUUAGGUUCAUAAAUGCAUGGUCCUUACAUCCCCAAUUCCAAGAGUUUGUAAAGAAAUCUUGGAAUGAUUCAGAUAUAUCAGGUUGGGCUGGAUAUGUGAUAAUGAAAAAACUCAAAAGUCUGCGGUUCGCCUUUAAAAAGUGGAAUAGUGAUGUCUUUGGGAAUGUUACUAUGGCUUUACAGGUUGUUGUAAAGGAACUACAUGGUAUUGAUUUAGUGGUAGAAUUGAGAAAUCUUAAUGAGGAGGAGAGCAGGAGAAGAAGGGAAGUCAGAAAUGAGGUUUGGUCUCUUAGUAGGAGAGAGGAAUGGCUAUGGCUGCAAAAAUCAAGAAUGAAUUGGCACAUGAAGGGAGAUAAAAAUACAAGAUUUUUCCACGUGGUUGCCACUAGUCGCCAAAAUAGAAAUAUGUUGAACUCUUUUGAAGUGAAUGGGGUGAUCCAUGUAGAGCCACCAAGGCUUGGUUCAGAUCAAGAUUUUACUAGAUUGAUAACACCUUUUUCAGAGGGGGAAAUAUGGAGGGCAGUGAAAGAAAGUGAUGAUUAUAGGCCUAUUAGUCUCAUUGGGCCUCUGUAUAAGAUUUUAUCUAAAGUACUUGCUAAUAGACUCAAGAACAUUUUACCUAGAAUUGUUGGUGAAGCUCAGUCGGCAUUCAUGGGUGGAAAGAAUAUUUUGGAUGGGGUGUUGAUCUCUAAUGAGAUUAUUGAUUGGUGGAAGAAAAGAAAAAGAGGGGGUUGA